AUGGGCAACGUGAUAUUUUCAAUCAUUUGGCUGAUCAUCCUCAUAUUUAUCGGGUUUUGGGUAGCGGGUAUCGCUGCUGGAAUAUAUAUUAUUGUUCUUCCAUUCACUGUCUGCAUAAAUGCGCUAUCAGGUCUAACGGACUUCCUAUUAUCAGUAGUGCAGUUCCCAAAAUACUGCGCCCAGGGGAUCGUAGAUGGCCGAGGAUUCAAUUAA